AUGACUUGGGUUCACAACCUCCAGCGCCAUGAUCCGCAUAAUCGGAUUGCCCGCAUAAUCGGCAUUUCGCUGGCGUUUUCCAUAGCGGCUUUCUCGGCUGUCUGCUUGCGUUUCUAUGUGCGGUGGCGUACUCAGCGGCAGCCGUGGGUGGACGACUAUGCGGCCUUGUUGACGGCUGGGCUGGCAUUGGGGUAUGCAGGGAUUGCGGUUGCCCAGACAAGAUGGGGCCUCGGAUUGAGCAUGGAAUACUUCCCCCCGCAGAAUGUCAUUACCUUCAGCAAGAUCCAAUAUGCCGGCGGACCGGUGUACACGCUGGCCCUCCUCGGAUUCAAAGUUGCUCUGCUGUCGUCGUACCUCCGUAUUGGGGGCUUUGUGCGCAGAUACCGGCUCACGGUCAUUCUGGUCAUCGUGGUUUGCGUGGUGAACCAGUUGAUCUUUACGUUCCUGCUUUGCUUUGCCUGUAGGCCGGUCGCGAAGCAAUGGGACCCGUCGAUUCCUGGGAGAUGCAUAAACACGAUUGCGUCGUAUUUCUCUCUCGCAGGAACCAGUCUGGCUUUUGAUAUCAUCAUCAUCGCCCUGCCACUGCCCGUGCUAUGGCGUCUGCAACUCCAAACGAGGCAAAAGGUAUGGCUCAUGUUCCUCCUCACCGGCGUCCAGGGACUGACAGAGGUACAACCCAAGCUCGCUCUAACCGCCAUCUUCGCCCUCGGAUUCUUCGUCACCGUCAUCCAGGUCAUCCGCAUCUUCACCAUCAGCCGUCUCAGGAACUACGCCGACAGCCAGCCCAUUGUGAUCUGGUCCAUUGUUGAAAUCAGCCUCGCAACAAUGAUAUCCUGCAUCCCAACGUACGGCCCCCUCUUCCGCUCCCUGGCGAUUAACUUCUCCUCGUACCGCAACCGUCCCAGCGGCCCCUCCUGCGGCGUCGGCUUCACACAUCGCCACGGCACCGGCACCGGCACACGAUCCCGCGAGAAAAGCGGUCGUCGCAGUGUUCUCCGCUCGGGUGACUCGUCGUCCGUCUGCACCUACACCGCGUAUCAGCUUGGAGGGGAUGGGGAUGAGCCGCGGCCGUACGAUAAUAGCCUUCCACAUAGCACGUUGGUGGUUACGGGGAAGACCAACGGGCGUGCUGGCUUUGGGUUUGCGGAUACGGAAAGUGAGGAGCAUAUGCUUGGGCCUGUUGGGGGGAAUUUACAUAUCCAUACGACGACGGAGGUGACGGUUGAGAGGGACUGA